UGGGAGGCAUUGUAUGAAUAGCCGCAAGUGUUUGCUUUUUUAUGAGCUUGUCUCUCAGCCGGGGUGCGGAAACUGGUUUGUUCAUUUUCAGUCCGAGGCUCCGGAGGUAACUUGUCGAGCAAUACAGCAUAAGAGCACAUCUCCGAGUCCAGAUGGGUUUGUCGACUUCCAGAGAACUGAAAACGAAACACGUUCGCAUCUUAAUGCUGGGUCUGGAUGGAGCAGGGAAAUCCACCUUGUUGUACAAACUGAAGUUCAGUAAUACUGAAUUUGUCACUGCCUCCACCGUAGGAUUCAAUGUGGAAAUGCUGCAGCGCGGUAAAAGCAUUGCCCUGACGGUUUGGGAUGUUGGCGGCCAGUCCAAGAUGCGGCAGCUCUGGCCGUUCUAUUUUCAAGAUACUGAUGCGCUAAUGUUUGUGGUGGACUGUGCGGACACGCAGCGCAUGGAGGCUUCCCGGAUAGAAUUUGAACGGGUGCUGAAACACAAGUGUCUGAAAGGGAUCCCAGUGGUGAUAAUAGCAAACAAGCAGGACCUUAAGGGUGCUUUCUCCGCGGAGCAAAUCACCAGGAGCUUUCACCUAAAGAGAUCCUGCUCAGACCGUGACUGGUACGUCCAGCCCUGCUGUGCAAAGACAGGCGAAGGGUCAAGCAUGGCCUUUGAUAUUUUAAUAUCGCUCGUCAAAAAGAAAAUGCCCUCUAAAGACGAAGGAUCGCACACUAAAAUUCAAGAAGACAGAUGAAUGGAAGAAUACCGAUUUCGCGGAAUUUAUCCUCCUCGCCGGUAUACGUUGGUAUGAAGGAACAGAAACUGUUUGAUGAAUUGAUAUUGACGUAUUGACAUUCUCGGUCGAAUUUUAAAUCCGUUUGUCACAGUUUUGCCUGUGUAACUUCUGUUAUUUUGAUCCGAAUAAAUAUAGAAAUAGUGUAAUAAUCUGGCUUUGGAAGGUACCAUACUAUAUGAAAAUGAUGUAAUAUGUAUCGGAAUCACUGACUCUACCUAAAUCU